AAGGUUUUAAAAAUGGGUGUGGACAUAUUUUCCGCCCUUUGUACUGCUGAGGUGGACCGAAUUCGGACGGCCAGGAUUUCCGUUGCAACCAAAUUGAUUCCGGCAAUUAAAGAAGGGCCGAUUCGCUCGGUUCCACCGCGGCGUCACCGUAGCUCAUAAAAUCGGGCAUCCGCUUUCUUUGCUCCUUCCGCCGCCGCACGAUUACUUCCUGUGCUCUCUCUCUUGCCUCCGAACGCUCGCAGCACUUGAUUUUCGUUUUAUUAUCCGCUUACGAGUUUAUAUCCCAGGCAAAAGAAAUCCAAAUAUCUCGCGCUUUCUCUUUCUGGACUCGAUGACUAGAUGAGGAUUCCACUGACCGUCGCGACGGCCGCGGCGGUUUUCCUCAUCGUUCUGGUCGCCGACGUGGAAGGAUUUGGCUCCGCCGCCACCAUGGCCGUUGUGGAUUCUUCCGGCACAGUUUGUGGCAUCCUUGCCAGCGCCAGGCCGCAGAGCAUCCUAUGCGCGCGAGCAGGGCAGCAGGCGUUCUCCGUAUUACCAAGCUUCUCCUUUGAGUCGGUCUCUGGUGGCCGUGACUUCUUCUGCGGGCUUAGGUCCGGUGGACUCAGCUUCUUCUGUUGGAGCGCCACAGAUUCCUCCUCCAUCUUUCUCCCAGCAAAGCGGGUCUAUAAGGGUUCCGUUGCCCUCACCGACCUUAGUGUUGGUGAAGACCAAAUUUGCGCCUUUGAUAAGAACACCACCGAAAUCAGGUGGUGGCGUGGGGACGGAACAUUUCCGCUAACCAUCCCCGGAGAAUACCAGUCGCUCACCUCAGGGAGAGGGUUUUCAUGCGGGAUUGGGAAUAACACCAUCGUGCAAUGUUGGGGAGGCCGUGGCUCCGAUAUUCAGAGCGCGUUUGCGAAUGUUUCGAUGGCGAGCAUCGUUGCUGGAGACUCCCAUGUCUGCGGAAUCACCAUCUCAGGAUUCUUGAUCUGCAAGGGAAGCAACAGUUCCGGUCAAUUGAAUGCUCCAUCUGGCGGUGCCUUCGAGUUCUCCGGCAUAGCCCUCGGGCUGAACCAUUCGUGUGCUAUUAAACAGCCUAAUGGGACAGUUCUCUGUUGGGGUGGCUUCGCCGGCGGCCGGCCCUAUUCUCCAGUGGUAGGUACUAUGUUCGAAUCAAUCGUUGCAGGCGGCGAUCUUACCUGCGGGUUGAUCACCGAGAAUUUUACAGUGAUGUGCUGGAAAACGGACCGCUUCAACAUCUCCGUCAUUGUUUUGUCUCUACCAAAAAUCCUUCCAGGAAUCUGCGUUCCUGAGCAAAGCACUUGUAAAUGUGGCAUCUUUCCAGAUUCAGAGUCACUCUGUUCUGGAUCCGGCAUCAUCUGCAGACCCUGCGGGGCUCCCACCAAUAAUUUAGCUCCGCCUCCUCCGCCUUCAGCAGCUGAACCACCAAAUUCCACCCUGCCGCCGCCAUCUCCAUCGUCAAAGACAAGCAAAUGGUGGCUUGCAUUCGCCAUCAUAGGCUCAGUUGGUACCUUAGCAGGGCUGUGCGCCGUCCUGUAUUGCAUCUGGACUUGCUUUUUCCGGCGAAAGAAAGUCCACAAUUCUGUGCAGCCCACCAUCUCCCGCAACGAAAACGCUGCAGCAGCAAAUCCCGUAGACCCAUCCUCCAUUACCAUACCAAGCCCCUUCACCUCUCCCUCCGGUUCAAAAUCCCGCAUUUUCCGGCGUCAUGGUUCCCGCAUCAUGCGGCGUCAACGCAGUGGUCCCUCCUCUUUCAAAGACCGCGCCGAGGUAUUCUCUUUCGCCGACCUGGCAUCCGCUACCAAAAACUUCUCCUUAGAAUUCAAACUCGGCGCCGGCAGUUUCGGUACCGUCUACAAAGGUAAACUCGCCGACGGCCGAGAGGUCGCCAUCAAACGCAGCGAAUCAAGCCUGAAAGCCAAAAAAAUCGAGGAGAAAGAAAGCGCCUUUCAGUCCGAGCUCGCCUUCUUAUCACGCCUCCAUCACAAACACCUAGUAGGCUUCGUGGGCUAUUGCGACGAAAAAGAAGAGCGCCUCUUAGUAUACGAGUACAUGAAGAACGGCGCCCUGUACGACCACCUCCACUCCCGAGCCGCCGAAUUGGGGAAGCUGAAUUCCUGGGGGAUAAGAAUUAAGGUCCUCCUCGACGCAUCGCGAGGAAUCGAAUACCUACACAGCUACGCUGUGCCGCCGAUCAUCCACCGCGACAUCAAAUCAUCCAACAUAUUGCUCGACGGCGAGUGGGUUGCACGAGUAUCGGACUUCGGGCUCUCUCUUAUGGGGCCGGAAGUGGAAGGAGACUACCUAUCGAUGAGGGCGGCGGGGACGAUGGGUUAUAUGGACCCGGAGUACUACGGUCUGCAUCAUCUGACGACGAAGAGUGACGUGUACGGCUUCGGCGUGGUGAUGCUCGAAGUACUAACGGGAAGGAGGGCGAUAUUUAGGGAAGGGGAAGGAGGUGAACCGCUGAGCGUGGUGGACUUCGCAGCGCCAAGCAUUGCCGCCGGCGAGCUAGGGAGGGUGCUCGAUCCUCGGGUGGCGCCACCGGGACCGCGGGAGGCGGAGGCCGUGGAGCUGGUGGCGUACACCGCGGUGCAUUGCGUCAACUUGGAGGGGAAAGACCGACCGGCAAUGUCGGACGUCGUGAUGAAUUUGGAAAGCGCGCUUGCGAUUUGCGAUGCGUCGAAUGGGAGCGGAUCCAGCAACAGCAUUUCCCUUGUUUCCUUGGAUUGAUUGAAAUGAGUAAAUGACCAUUUUCUUCAUUCGAUUCCUGCUUGCUUCCUUGAGCAGGGAAAAUAGGAUUUUGAGACUUAUUUUUGGGGGAAUUUCUUUUCUUUCAUUUUAAAUCUAUGAUUUUUUCUUAAAUUUUAUUUGAUUUUUAGGUAUAUUUGUACAUGUUCAUAAAAAUUCUGACGUUUUGGUGGAUGGAAUUGAAAAGGGUGAAGGGUUGUUUUCUUUUAUUUAUAUAUAUAUUUUAUUGAUUCUAUGAA